CAUGAUGGCAGUGCAUGCUUAUAAUGCUGCAGCUGCAGCCAAAGGACCAGAGAUAGGAACUCACAGCCGUGGGAAAGGGAGAUCUCUCAGAAACAUUCUUACAGGCACCAUGAGUGACCUGUCAGUGGAAUCAUUAAAGAACCAUCUGCUUAAACUGGAGUGCCACUUCACAUGGGCUUUUUUCAAAGAAGAAGCUGAUGUUGACAAUAUAGAAGAAAGGCUUCAUGAUCAAAUUGCAUUUUUACCUUCUACACACAGACAUAGGCUUCAUAAUUUAUUGGCCUAUACAAGUUAUUUGAAAGGAGACAACCAAGAAGCAAUCAGACAGCUUCAAAAAGCUGAAGAGCACCUGCAAGGAACACAGACUGCUCAUCUGGAUAUCAAAAGAGCCGUGACCUACAGUAAUUAUGCCUGGCUGUACUACCAUUCCAACCAGUUUAGCAAAACUCAGUUUUAUUUAGAAAAAGUAGAAGCCAUUUGCAAGAAAUGUGAGUCUUCUCCAGAACAUGAUAUUCUUCUUACUGAGAGAUAUGGAGAACAGGCCUGGGCUUUGUUAACAUUAUAUGGGAAGUACUGUGAAAGAGCUAAAGAGUGUUUUGAGAAAGCGCUAGUGCUAGAUCCUGACAAUCCCGAGCUCAGCUCAGGAUAUGCCAUAGUGAUAUAUCGCUUAGAAAGUCAACAUUACAGAGAUUAUGGGACAGAUGAAGGUACAUCAUUAGAGUUGCUGAAACGUGCUGUGACAUUAAAUGAAAAUGAUACUGUGAUUAAGGCUCUUCUAGCUUUGAAAUAUGUAUAUUUGGGCCAAGCUGAGGAGGGAGGAAAGAUUAUGGAGGAGGCUCUCAUACAAACUCCAGACUCCCCAUAUUUACUACGAUAUGCUGCCAAAUUUUACAGAAUUGUAGGAAAGACUGGUGAUGCUAUUACCAUUCUGAAAAAAGCCCUAAACCAAACUCCCACUUCAAGUUCUCUUCACCACCAGAUUGGGAUUUGUUACAAAAAGAAGAUGAAUAUGUUAAUAAAAUCUGCUAAGAUUGCAAAGUCAUUAAACCAGCCUACCAAUGCCUAUACACGGGACAUAAGUGAUGCAAUUUCUUCUGCUAUCUUUCAUUUUGAAAAAGCUAUUGAAUUUAAAAAAAUAUUUGUUGAUGCCUACAUCGAUUUAGGUUACAUUUAUGGUAAAGCAAGUCAGUUUGAAAAAGCUGAUGACAUGUUUCAAAAAGCGCUAAAUCUGGGAGAUCUAACAUGUGAAGAGAAACAAGAGAUUCACUUGAGUUAUGCAGUUUUUAAGCAAUUUCAAAUGAGAUCUGAAUCAGAAGCCAUAAGGCAUUACAAAGAAGCUUUGCUUAUUCUGAAUAACACAAAUGCAAGACGCUUUUCCAAAAGUAAUUUGGAAAAGUUGGCAGAAAGGAAAAUAAUCACUGAACCAUCAGACGCAACUGGAUUUGGACUGUUAGGGUUCAUUUACCAGCAGGAUGGAGAGAUUAAACAAGCAACUGAUUACUAUAAGAAAGCACUGGAACGCGAUCCAGAUAAUGAGGAUUAUUUGAGUGCUUUGUGUUGCAUGAGACUCAGUGAGUAACAACUCAACAGAUUAGCUGCUUAUAGGUGUUUUUUUUUUCCUUCAAUGGCAAAAUGCCUUGCUGAGCUUGCACAUGUCUCUGGCACAGCCCUUUGCAUGGAACUAUAGAAGGAAAAAUAAUGUUGAAAAUAAAUGCUAUUUUUUUCUGUCAAGAACUUGACUAACCAUGUUAUAAACACAAACAUAAUAGCAACAGGCUACAAACUCUUAAUUUGAUACAGGAAAUACUUAUAUAAUUUGCUCUAUACAGUAUUAAAACAAAUGAAUUCAAUUUAAAUAUCACGUUAAAUAGGGCUGUUUAUUAGCAAGGCAUUAGCAAGUUAUGUGAAUAUUUUCUUUCUUCAUGUGUUUUGAUUUUAUUUACAUUGUUGUCAAUUAUUCAUAUUCAUAACAAGAAACAAUUAGUAGAUUUGUGUAUUUUUAUUGUUGUCUAUCAGCUGUAGUGAAUAUUGUACAUCUAAUUAAAGCUGUAUUUAUCCAUUUG